CGGGCGCGGGCGCGCGCGGCCCCUUUCCGGCGGCGCGGGCGGAGGGAGCGGCGCGCGGGGCCCUCAGGUACGGCCGGGACGCUCCCGGGCCAUCGCGGCCACUCCCGGCACUUCCCGGCGCUCCCCGGCCCUCGGGAUCCUCCCGCCGCCACCGCGCCGGCACCCAUGAGCUGAGGCGCCGCGGCGGGAGCCGAGGCAGGAGCGGGCGGAGCCGCCGCCGCGGGCCCGGCGGAGCAGCGGAGCCGCCUCCCCGCCGCCCCAUGCGCGGCCCGCGCUGAGCCCCGCCCGCCCUUCCCCGCCGGGCCGGCGCUCGCCCUCUCGCCCUCCCUUGGAUGCCGCCGAGAUGGGCAAGGUGCUGUCCAAGAUCUUCGGGAACAAGGAGAUGCGGAUCCUGAUGCUGGGGCUGGACGCGGCCGGCAAGACCACGAUCCUGUACAAGCUGAAGCUGGGCCAGUCGGUGACCACGAUCCCCACCGUGGGCUUCAACGUGGAGACCGUCACCUACAAGAACGUCAAGUUCAACGUGUGGGACGUGGGCGGCCAGGACAAGAUCCGGCCCCUGUGGCGGCACUACUACACGGGCACGCAGGGGCUCAUCUUCGUGGUGGACUGCGCCGACCGCGACCGCAUCGACGAGGCGCGGCAGGAGCUGCACCGCAUCAUCAACGACCGGGAGAUGCGGGACGCCAUCAUCCUCAUCUUCGCCAACAAGCAGGACCUGCCCGACGCCAUGAAACCCCACGAGAUCCAGGAGAAACUGGGCCUGACCCGGAUCAGGGAUAGGAAUUGGUAUGUGCAGCCCUCCUGUGCCACGACGGGGGAUGGACUCUACGAAGGGCUGACGUGGUUAACGUCCAAUUAUAAAUCCUAAUGGGAGAGGAACUAUUUAGUCUACAAAGAAUUAAAGAAAUAAAACAAAAAAAUUAAAUAACAAAAAAAAAGAGACAAAAAAAAAAUAACCCACGUGGCUUUCCAGAAGAAUGAUUCUCUACUGAAAAGUGAAAACAAAACCGCAUCCAUAGGAUUAUGAUCACCUUUCUCCAGUUGCCACCCUUUCCUCCUGCACCCUUGGCUGGAUUCCUGUUCUAACUCCUCCUGCUUGGCGUUAGGAUGCUCUAACCUCCGAAUGUGACACGAACACAGGCACUAGAUGCUAUGGCAGACUUCCAGCAAACAGGGGAAGGACACAUUAUAGACUUGCUAAGUAACUUUUUUUUCGGUUUUUUUUUUUUUUUUUUUUUUUUUUUGGUUUUUUUUUGGGUUUUUUUUCCUUUUUCCUCUCGAUAGCCCUUUGCUGGUUUGAUUAUUUUGGGGGAUGUUGGGGGAGGGGGUCCAUUUUCAGUGUAUGCUUUCUGGGUCUACUUUUUUGAUUAUAUAUAUAUUUUUUUUCUCUCUCUUCUCUCACUUUGCUGUAGAUUGCUACUUUUUUGCAUUCCUGCAGGAUAUGUUGCUAGGUUGACUUCAUCUAGUAAACUGAAAAUUGUUGCUUAAAAUCAAACCGCAGUCUGUCUUUUUAUAUUAAGGACUUUUUUCUUUUUUUUUCUUCUUCUUUUUUUUUUUUUUUUAAGUUCUGUUAAUCUGUAACUAAACAGUGACUCAGUCUGGCUCCACGGCUCAGGCUAAUGAGGGGAAUUCUUGCCUGCAGUGGCAGAGAGUGGGAAUUCCACUGUAACGUGUUCAAAGUGCGUGUCGGGCGCCGGGAAAUGUAAGAACUGCUUUGGAAUGUCAGCUGGGAAGUUCUGACCCAUACAUCAUGCAUGAGGAGGGAUGCAAAACCAGCUCCCCACACCACACAGCAAACAAGGCAUGAAUGGUGCUGUAGUUCCAGGGUAGGCACUGGGCAGUUUUUUUGUCUCAGAUAAGGUUUAGUUGCAGUUUUUUACUACUUGGUGUCGGUCCCCGGGCCGAGGCUCUUUCUAGCAGACGCAGCAAUAAAAUGUUGCAGUGAGUUUGACUUUAAAUGGCAAAAAUCCAGCUCUUAUUUGCCUCUCAAUUCCAUCUCAAGGCAGCUGGAGACACCUAAACCUUGAAAGGAUUCCUGAUUAUUUCCAACAGAAAGAAGGAAACUGUUGUUAUUAUUAUUAUUAUUAUUAUUGUUCUUUUUCCAUGCUGGAGCCUGGCAAGGGGGCGAGUUCCGUGCCGAGCUCUGCUCGAGCCUGGGGAUUCUGACAUCAGGAAUGGCCAUUUUGAGGAAAUCACUUCUUGCUUUAGUUUUCCAAGCCUGGACCGAGCAGCUGGAGCCUCCCUGUGUCCCGGUUGUUGCUGUAGUCCUGUAGGAAAGGGAACUAUGUUGGAUGGCCGAGGCCCAUUGAGUAACUACUAAUGAGAGUGGGGAGGGCAGAGAGAGAGAAUCGACGCUGAAUGUAAACUUCCAUAAUUAGUUCUUAAAGGGCAAAGCAGCUCGUUAGCCAUGUCACAGCCUGUAGCUGGGACUGGCCAAUCAAAAACCCCACCCAGAGCGAGUAUUUGCAUAAAAACUCAAUCAAGUAUUAAUUAACACUGGGUGCACAAACUGUUAAAGCAGCUGGUUCUUAUUCAGCCUUAAGGAUUAACUUCAGAUUUCCUCAAGGAGUUAAAACUCCGUUGGGGAAUUCUAGGAAUGUAUGCUACAAAACCAGAAGAAAAUGGUUUUUAUUUUCCUUUUUUUUUUUGUCCCUUAAUUGUGUUCUCUUUUCAAGAAUCUAAGUUUUACAUGGAAUUGGGGGCAUUACACUACAUUGCUGCAGCAGUGGCUCUGCAUGCUGAAUACUUGUACAUGGAGCUCUUACCAAAGAUGUAUGGGAAGAUAAAAAUCCUGAAUUCAGGAUUUCUGAAUCCAGUUCUUCUGAAAUCAAAUGCUUUGGAGCACUUCAAAGUCCUUUUAGAGUAUGGUUCCAAAGAAAAGACUUCUCUGGAUGUGGGUUGCAAAUGGGACUGGAUGGGUCCUUGGUGCUAGAAGAUAGAGCAUUGAUGGUUUUGUGAAUUAGAGAGAGUCUGCAGAAGCUUAAUGUAGAAAUAACUCUUCCAUCUCAGCCCUAAAAAGAAGAAGUGAGAUUAGUUUAUUUUAAUCCAAGGCUUUUUGCCAUUGGAAUAUCAUUGCUCUAUUUUCUGGCUUUUCUUUUUCUUUUCCUGUUGCUGUAACUUAAUGAACAGUGUGGUGGUAUAAAAACUUAAAUUUACAAUAUGGUUACUGUUUUCUUCUGGAGCAUCAAUAAAAUAGCCAAGCACAAAGUAAAUGCCUAAACUGGAAAACUUGAAGCUCUAUUACUGGUUCUUGAACUUUCUUAAACAUAUUCUCAGUCAACAUGAAAACUUCAAUAAGUUCAUUUUUUGUCUGAAUUGAUUUCCUGUGUUUCCAAGCGCUGGGGCAGCCUUUGCAUUAAGUUGAUUUUACAAUUUUGUAUCCCCUUAGAAAUAAGUUUGUAAUUCUGUUUUGUAGGUGAAAAGAAAUUGCUUUUGCUUCUUGA